GAGAGUGGGCACAUUUUAUAUUUGAAUGAUUCCACGGAAUGACAUAUGCUUUUGGCUCUAUAAUCAUUGGCAGCAACUGAAAUAAUACGUUUAGACUCCGGAAUCUUGCUAAACUUCAAAGUCUGAAAUCACGUCUCUAAAACCUUGGGUCACCAGCUGCAGACACUUCUCAGAAAUCUGAGAACUCCCGCCUUAAGGGGGAACCAAGUCAUUCCCCUGGCCUUGGAGAAUAGGAGCACGGCCUCCCAGCACCUCUUCCAGCGCCCUUUAACCCUGCAGGACCGGGUGAGGGUCGCAGUGCUUCCAGGCUUGUCGAACGGUUAGAACUACAUUACCCAGAGGGGCCUGCGCUGGGCGCCGUCGUGGUGAGCCAAUGAAAGCACAGGAAUGGGAACGUCUGGGGCACGCCUAGCGCCAGAACAGGGUUUUCCUGCGUCCUCCCCGGAGGGGUCGUUUCGGCUGCGUCUGGGUCUGUGCGCUGGGUGACUGACGCUCUACCUCCGGGUCCGGCUUGAGAAGGUGCGAGAAGAGGCGCCGUCCCCGCCGCAGGGAGUCGAGUGUGAAGCCCGGAGACGUAGCCCGCGAGCCCCGCUGCAGAACCGGGAUCGCGCGUGCUGCGCCCAGGUCGCCUCCUGUGCUCUGCGCCCGGAACAGCUGCUCCCACAGAGUCCGAUGGCGGCGGCUGCACCGAGGGACCCGCCUCAGGUACCUGCCUGUCCCCGGGCCUCCCUCCCCACCCACCCACCCUCGGGCCACGAGUACGGGGCCCUGCUCACGACCCGCCGCCCAUGCCCCAGGCCCUGUACGAAAGGCGCGCGUGGGCGGGGCCCCUGUUGUGAACGCGGGUGUGACGGCGCGUGGGGCCGGUUACGGGCGGGGGAACUCGAGAAAUCUGGGAUCAGUCAUGCGUAUUUAGGGGACAGAGAACUGAGAGGGAGUGGCGCCUGGAAUGGCAGGCUAGCCUCUUAAGGCGGCUGGGAGCCACUGAGAGUGGUGAACAGAAAAGGCCCCAGCUGACCUAGUCUUCUGAAGGUUUAUCAAAAGCCGCACAGAGGAACAGACUGGAAGGGGAAAUAAUAAGAGGCGCAGGGGUAUUUAGUCCUUGUACAGUGACACACAGCUAAUAAAAGUCAGCACUGAGGACCGAGACGCGGAGAUAAUGCAGACAUCCAAGGUGAGCCCGGCUCCGGGCGUGGGCAAGGGAAUAGGGAAGCCCGGAGCCCGUGGUGCGUUUCACGGUCACCCGUCUCUCAGAACUUCCCUCUUCACACAGAUUAUUACCAGUACAGCGGCACUUACGGACCCUGCAGCGUAUUCCAGAACUUACUGGUCCUGAUCCUGCUCUUGAACUCUGUAAUUGUGGUGUCCUGGGACUCUUAUCCUUCCAGGCCUUGGGCCUGGGGACCCUGAGCAGAUCCUAAUCUCAAGGUCCUCAGACAGGGUAGGAGUUUUAUAGAGUGGUCCCUCUUGCUGACAGCCAGCGGAAUGAGGUGUGGGGGAAGGAUGCCCCAGGUACACAUGCCUGUGUGCAGGUGCUUGUGGGGGAGACUGAGCCGGUUCGAAGGAACCUUCCCUUCCUUUCUCAUAUGAGCACAGAACCAUGGGGCAGGACUCGUUACUGGGGUGGCUCCCUGAGAGCUUGGUGUGUGUUCUGCUGGUCUCGGGAAUGCUUUGGAGCAGAGGAGGGAGGUGAUCUGACCCAGCUCUUCCCAGGCUUCCUGUGGCUGCAGCAUGGACAGCGGACAGCAGAUCUUGUAUUUUCUCAUUCAGAAGGGCUCUGUGACCUUUGAGGACGUGGCCAUUUACUUCUCCCAGGAGGAGUGGGGGCUCCUUGAUGAUACACAGCAGAUCCUAUACCAUGACGUGAUGCUGGAGAUCUUUGCACUUACAACGUCCCUGGAUUGUUGGUGUGGAGCAAAGGAUGAGGUAGCUUCUGAGCAGAGUGUUCCUGUAGAAGAUGCCAGGACUUCCAUGGCAGGUCCAUUGACUGAGAAGACCCAUCCUUGUGAGAAGUGUGUCCCAGUCUUGAAAGAUAUUUUACACCUGACUGAGCUCCAAGCAACAUAUCCUGGACAGAAACAAUACUUGGGUGGGACACAUAGAGGCUUAUGGUUCAGUGCAAACCUUUGCCAGUACCAAAAGUGUGACAGUGGAGAGAAAAUCUUCAAAGUACACAUGGACAGGGCCUCACUUGUGACAAGCUGCAGAUUCCAUGUGUCGGGGAAGCCCUUCACUUGUGUGGAGUGUGCAAAGGACUUUUCAGCUCUAUCAGGCCUUCUGCAGCACCAGGCCACUCCCAAUGGUGAGAAGCCACAUGGUAGCAUCAAGCAUAGGAAGUCCUUUAACAGUGGGAAAAGUUGUAACAAGUGGGUUGAAUGCAGGAAAGUAUUUAGGAACCCUCACACACUUCAUCACCAGUGGGUCUGCACUGGAGAUGGUCUCGAUGAAUGUAGCAACUGUGAAAAAGCCUUCCACUGCAAAUACAAACUUAUUCACCACCAGGAAGUUCACACUGGAGAAAGCCCUUAUGAGUGUGGUGAAUGUGGGAAAUUCUUCCAUCAGAAAAAGUCUCUCAUUCAACACAGGAGAGUUCACACUGGGGAAAGGCCUUACGAGUGUGGUGAAUGUGGGAAAUUCUUCAGCCUCAAAACCUGCCUCACUCAACACAGGAGAGUUCACUCUGGAGAAAGGCCUUAUGAGUGUGGUGAAUGUGGGAAAUUCUUUAGGUACAAAACCUCCCUCAUUCGACACAGGACAGUUCACACUUUAGAAAGACCUUAUGAGUGUGGUGAAUGUGGAAAAUUCUUUAGGCGCAAAUCCUUCCUCACUGAACACAGGAGAGUUCACACUGGAGAAAGGCCUUAUGAGUGUGGUGAAUGUGGGAAAUUCUUUAGCCGCAAAAACUGCCUCACUCAACACAGGAGAGUUCACACUGGAGAAAGGCCUUAUGAGUGUGGUGAAUGUGGAAAAUUCUUUAGCUACAAAGCCUCCCUCAUUCGACACAGGACACUUCAUACUGGAGAAAGGCUUUGUAAGUGUUUUGAAUGUGGCAACUCUUUCACUGAGAACUCUGUCCUUGUUCAACACCAAAGAAUUCACAGUGGAGCAAGGACUUAUGAGUGUGGUGCAUGUGGGAAAUCAUUUAGCUACAAAGCCUGCCUCAUUCGACACAGGGCAGUUCACAAUGGAGAAAGGCCUUAUCAAUGCAAUGAAUGUGGUAAAUCCUUUACCCAGAGUUCUGCCCUCCUUCAACACAGGAGAGCUCACUUGCAGUAAAUGUGGGAAAUCCUUGAACUGCAAAUCUGACCUGUCAACACCAAAAAUUCACACUGGGAAAGGCCUUAGAUACUCAAAGAGAAUUUGUUCUUUCCGGAUUAAGUGUAACUGUUGGGGAAAAACCUGUGAGAAGCCAUCCGUGUGGGAUUUACAUAUAAAGUAUAAAAGUCAUAUGAAUAUUUA